AUGAAGAUGAAACCUUUAGGCUUGGUGUUGGUUGCUUCCAUCAUUUCGUUGUCAGCGGGUAACAACGAUGGUUACGACUUCGGCUACAAUCUGGCUCCAAUAUCUCUAUUGUACUUGGACAAGGCGCUCUAUGACUUUCAUGCUGCGGAAGAUGCCAAAUCUGAUCCGAACUCAAGAACAAGAAAAGAUGAAGUGGUAAGGGAACCGCACCCUGGCUACUAUCCGUGCCCGUGUUCCUACGAUCCUAAAGGUGCCCCGGAAAACCCUGUAGCAUCAAAUUCUGAGGAAACAUCUGAUGCAGCAAGAACUGAUCCGAUGGGAGCUUUGAUAAAUCAGAUUUUAAAUCAAGCUUCUACUUCUCAACCUUCAGAAUCUACCGGAAAUGGAGUGGACGGAUCUCCGAAGAAUGAGGUGAACUCUUAUGAAGAAUAUGACGACGAUAUGAGCAAGGAAAGCUCCCACGAGUAUCACGAAUCGAUUAGUUUUCUCGAUCCUCCUAGAAAGCCUGUUAUAGAACAGUAUAUCAAAGCACUUUACACCCCCAGAAUAAAGUUUCUUGUAGUACAAAAUGUUGAAAUUUAUAAUAAUGAGUUCAAGACACGGAUGGGUAAUCUAGAGAAAGACGUUGGAAGGUCUUUAUGGAGACGGAGAUGGGAAGAUGAUGCAGGGAACGUCGGAAAUGAGGAUUCGGACUGGGGAUAUGGAUGA